AUGGAAAGUCGCCGAGGACGAGUGUCAAAGGCUUGCGACGCCUGUAGUCGUCGGAAAGUGCGGUGUAACGGACAGCAGCAGUGCCAGCAAUGCGAGCACCUGGAUUUACUCUGCACGUAUACUCCCAACCAGCUCGCUCGCUCGAGAAAACACGCCCAAAGACGGGGCGAGAUCAUCUCGAAAUAUCGGAAUGGCGGCCACAAGGUCGAUCCGGAGCCUGUGCAGACCCCGAUCCAGGAUUCACCCUCUCCAGGACUAUCUCUCUCCAGCUCCUACUUCCUCGGCUUGAUUCCAGAGUAUCUGAUAUUUGUGUAUCCUUUCAACCCGAUCAUGACAGCCGAAGAGGUCCAGGAUUCCAUCGAGAAGAUGGACACCGACAACGAACACGCAGCUUUUGUCUACGCUUUCGCAGCGGGGACCAUAGACCUGACGCAAUCAAGGCAUUCUACAUCAACAGCAUCCAAGCAGAUAUCUUCACUAGUCCGCAAAUCCAUCGAGACCCAGCACCCCCUCCUUCCUGGCUUCCGCCCCUCCGUCCUCCGCGCCAUGACAAGCGUCUUCAUCCAAAUGUGCUUCAUGAGCCUCGGCCAGCACGACCUCGGCUUCUUCUACCUCCGCGAAGCAAUCAGCAUGAUCCACAUCCUUCGCGUCGAAGACAAAGCCGUCCACGCCAGCCUAAGUCUCACCGAGCGUUCGCGACGCCAAAGACUCUACUGGCUCUGUUUCAUCCACGAGCGAUUCAUGUCUAUCGUGCACUUCUCACCCGCCACUCUGUCUUCCCACGCCGCCUUCCCCGAGACAGACCCAUCUCUCCCGGUCGGGAUCUCGCAAGGCUGGACACAAGUAAUCAAAACCUUCCUCCUCCUAGAGCCCACAUUCAUCAGCCUCUGGAUCGGCGACCGCAGCCACGUCACGGCGAGCUGGGUGGAGCAAAAAUACCGCGAACUAGACGACACGCUCUGGGAGCUCGAAGUCUCCAUGUUAUCUGAAACGCAGCAGGCUGAUCUCGUGAUCACGAGACAGUGGAUGCGCACACUGUUAUGGCAAAUGGCCAUGUCGAAUUGUCUGCUGUCGUCGCAUGCUUCGUGUCCGUCGCUUUCGCUAGAGCUGCCCCUGCGACUAUCCAGCCAGUUGAGACAGUUCUUGACGAAGAUCUCGCAGAAUACGAUCCGGGUGCAUGGGUCGUCGAUUUUGAGUAAGUUGUUAGAGAUCAUUAAUACGAUUGCGGAUGUGGUCAUUCAUUUGCCGCAGGCGACGUUGGAGGAGACAAUGUGUCGGAUUGAGGAUAUUGUUUUUAUGAAGAUGGUGGUCUUUUCGUUUCAUAAUUUACAGCAGGUUUGUAAGGAUAUUUUGCUGGAGAAGUUUCAGGUUAUUAGGGAUCGGUUUCCGGGUAUUGAGGUCGCGAAACAGUUGGCUAUGUAG